AUGAACGGCCGAGCGACGCGGAGCGUGACUGGGACGUCGACGCCGGUCCACACGGCGACGACCCGACCCCUCGUCCUCUUGCACCCCUCGACCCAAACCCGCAUCUCGCUGCACGUCCCCUCCACGUCGCAGGAAUGGAUCGCCGCCGAAGUCGCGCGCGACACCUUCCAGGACUGGCUUCACGCUGCCGAGAAGAGCGGAAACCUCGUCGGAUUCGAGGCGGCCGAGCUUGACGACGAGCAGGCUGGCGAGGGCGACGACGAGAAGGAGCUCGUCCUCACCGCCUACUUCUUGAAGCACGUUGCCGGCCUUCUCCCCUUCCCGUCGACAGCUACCUCCCCCGCCACCGCCGCCGUCCUCCUCGCCGCCUUCAACCACUUUGCGUCCGUCUACCUCAGCGGAACCGAUGUUCACACCCUCACUGCCUCGCUCGCUGCUCCCGUCCGCGCUCUCGUCAUCUCGUCCUUCUUCCUCGCCAAGACCAAGCUCGAGGUCGAGGGACUCGGCAAGGUCUUGCCCAAGCAGUCCGAGUCGGCGCUCCUGCAGAAGGCUGCGACCGGCCAGGCAGAGGUCUUCGCUCUCUUCGGUGGUCAGGGAAUGAACGAGGUCUACUUUGACGAGCUCCAGACCCUCCACGACCUUUACACCCCGCUGCUUACGCCCUUCCUCGCCCGCGCCUCCGAACACCUCGUCUCUCUCGCUGCCGCCGAGCAGCACACCCUCCUUUACGACCACUCGCUCGACGCCCUUGCCUGGCUGCAAGAUCCCUCUACCCGCCCCGAAGUCCCCUACCUCGCGACUUGCGCCGUCUCGCUCCCUCUCAUCGGUCUCACUCAGCUCUGCCAGUACGUCGUGUACGGCAAGGGCUCGUCGCUCGGUCCCGCCGAGCUCGGCGCCAAGUUCAAGGGCGCGACCGGCCACUCGCAGGGUGUCGUCUCGGCUCUUGUCAUCGCGCACGAGUACCCUCCCGCGUCCAAGGACGGCAGCGACGCGUGGGAGCCUUUCUACGAGCAGGCCCUUCGCGGUUUGACCGUCCUCUUCCAGAUCGGUCUCCAGGGCACGCUCGCCUUCCCCUCCAUCGCCAUUUCGCCCGCUCUCGAGUCGAGCUCGGUCGAGAAUGGCGAGGGUGUCCCGACUGCCAUGCUUGCCGUCACCGGCCUCGACCUCAAGUCGCUCGAGAAGAAGAUCGCCGAGGUCAAUGGGCACGUCAAGUCUGAGGGCCGCGACGAGACCGUCUCGAUCAGUCUCUACAACGGUGCGAGGGCGUUCGUCGUCACUGGUGCGCCGAAGGACCUCGUCGGUCUCGCCGACGGCCUUCGCAAGAACCGCGCGCCGGCCGGCAAGGACCAGUCGAAGAUCCCGCACUCGAAGCGUCUCCCCGUCUUCUCGAUGCGCUUCCUCCCCAUCAACGUUCCCUACCACUCGCAUCUCCUCCAAGGCGCGACCGAGAAGGCGCUCGCGACGUUCUCGGCUGAGGAGGCCGCCCACUGGGCGCCUUCAUCGUUCACCUGCGCCGUCUACAACACCGAGGACGGCUCCGACAUGCGCCAGCUCUCGGCUUCGUCGGUUCUCGAGUCGGUCUUCCAGCAGAUCUUCACCUCGCCCAUUCACUGGGUCUCGCACGCCACCAACUUCCCCUCGUCCGCGACGCACGCCAUCGAUUUCGGCACGGGCGGCGCGAGCGGCAUCGGUUCGCUCUGCGCGCGCAACUGGGAGGGCCGCGGUAUCCGCACGAUUAUGCUCGGCAACCGCGGCGAGGGCGUUGGUGCCGGCAAGGAGGCUUGGGGCAAGAAGGUCCCGACCGAGGAGAAGUGGAACGAGCGCUUCCACCCUCGCCUCGUCCGCACCAGCGACGGCAAGAUCCACCUCGACACGCCCUUCUCGCGCCUCCUCUCGAAGCCGCCCCUCAUGGUCGGUGGUAUGACCCCGACGACCGUCAAGGCCGGCUUCGUCUCGGCCGUUCUCCGCGCGGGCUACCACAUCGAGCUCGCUGGCGGCGGUCACUACAACGAGAAGGCUGUCCGUGCCAAGGUCGCCGAGAUCCAGAAGCUCGUGAACAAGCCCGGCAUGGGCAUCACCCUCAACUCGCUCUACAUCAACCAGCGCCAGUGGACGUUCCAGUUCCCGCUCUGGGCCAAGAUGAAGCAGGAGGGCGAGCCCGUCGAGGGUCUCUGUGUUGCUGCCGGUAUUCCCUCAACCGAGAAGGCCAAGGAGAUCAUCGACACGCUCCGCGAGGCCGGCAUCAAGCACGUCUCGUUCAAGCCCGGUUCGGUCGACGGCAUCCGCCAGGUCGUCAACAUCGCCUCCGCCAACCCCGACUUCCCCAUCAUCCUCCAGUGGACUGGUGGUCGCGCCGGCGGUCACCACUCGUGCGAGGACUUCCACGCCCCGAUCCUCGCGACGUACGCUUCGAUCCGUCAGCACCCCAACAUCAAGCUCGUCGCCGGCUCUGGCUUCGGCUCGGCUGAGGGAUGCUACCCUUACCUUUCGGGCGAGUGGUCGGAGAAGCAGUACGGCGUCGCGCGCAUGCCGUUCGACGGCUUCAUGUUUGCUUCGUGGGUCAUGGUCGCCAAGGAGGCGCACACGAGCGAGUCGGUCAAGCAGCUCAUCGUCGACGCGCCUGGUGUCGAGGAUGGCCAGUGGGAGCAGACGUACGACAAGCCGACCGGCGGCAUCCUCACCGUCAACUCGGAGCUUGGCGAGCCGAUCCACAAGGUCGCGACUCGUGGUGUCAAGCUGUGGGCCGAGUUCGACAAGAAGGUCUUCUCGCUGUCGAAGGAGAAGCAGCUCGCAUGGCUCGCCGACAACAAGAAGUACGUUAUCGACCGCCUCAACGCCGAUUUCCAGAAGCCCUGGUUCCCCGCCAAGGCCGACGGCUCUCCUUGCGACCUUGCCGACAUGACCUACGCCGAGGUCAACGCCCGCCUCGUCCGCCUCAUGUACGUCGCGCACGAGAAGCGCUGGAUCGACCCGUCGCUCCGCAACCUCGUCGGCGACUGGAUCCGCCGUGUUGAGGAGCGUCUCUCGAACGUCAACGACUCGGGCAUCAAGAUCUCGGCACUCCAGUCGUACUCGGAGCUGAACGAGCCUGAGGCGUUCCUCAAGCAGUUCCUCGCCCAGUACCCGCAGGCCGAGGACCAGAUCCUCGCCUCCGCCGACGUUUCCUACUUCCUCGCCAUCUCUCAACGCCCCGGACAGAAGCCCGUCCCCUUCAUCCCCGUCCUCGACGCCAACUUCAGCAUCUGGUUCAAGAAGGACUCGCUGUGGCAGGCCGAGGACAUCGAGGCCGUCUUUGACCAGGACCCGCAGCGUGUCUGCAUCCUCCAGGGACCGGUCGCCGCCAAGCACUGCACCUCGACGCAGACGCCCAUCGCCGAGAUGCUCGGCAACAUCGAGCACCAGCUCGUCAAGAACGUCCUGGACGACUACUACGGCGGCGACGAGUCCCAGAUCCCGACUAUCGACUACCUCGCGCCCCCUCCCAAGCCGGUCGACGCCGGCGCUAUCCUCGCCGAGAACAACAUCGCGCACUCGGUCGAGGAGCUCGCCGACGGCGGCAAGAAGCAUGUCUACUCGAUCAACGGUGUCCUCCCGCCGACGGGCGACUGGCAUGCCGCACUCGCCGGCCCCAAGCUCGACUGGCUCCAGGCGUUCCUCUCCAACGUCUCGAUUCAGGCGGGCGAGCAGUCGAUUCCUAACCCCGUCAAGAAGGUGCUGGCGCCGAGGCACGGGCAGCGGGUCGAGCUCACCCUGAACAAGGACGGCCAGCCCCUCAAGCUCGACGUCUUCGGCGGGCUCUGA